AAAGUGACAUUGAUAACCGUGUGGGUGGAUAAGGGAAAGGUGGUUUUAGAAGCACCAUACUAAUGAAUUGAAAGUAGCAGCAGUCUAGCACCUCUCUCUCUCUCUCUCUCUCCAGAUAAUCUACAGGAGUAGGCCAAAUUAUAAUUUGUUCCAGCGUACGGUGUGGAAGCCUCAAAGAUGUUGCUAUUAUCACCACCAUCAACUUCUCUGCCAUCACCACUGCGUAACUCAUUCAGCUUCAAAGAUGGAAGAGCAAGAUCGCACACUCCUCUCAAACUCGUGGGCAUGGCAAAGGAGAGCAGCGAUAGCAACAACGACAUUAUAGAGAAAGUAGCAGUAGCUGGUGGGUUGGUCUCAACCCCAGUAAUUGGUUGGUCCCUCUACACGCUCAAAACAACAGGGUGUGGCCUCCCCCCAGGUCCAGGGGGCUCAAUAGGUGCGCUAGAGGGCGUGAGCUAUUUAGUCGUUGUGGGAAUUGUAGCUUGGUCCUUGUACACCAAAAGCAAAACUGGUUCGGGUUUGCCUAAUGGUCCUUUUGGGUUGUUAGGAGCUGUUGAAGGCCUAUCAUAUCUAACAUUACUUGCCAUCCUCGUUGUGUUCGGGUUGCAGUAUUUUCAACAAGGUUAUAUUCCAGGUCCUCUCCCAGCUGACCAGUGCUUUGGCUGAGCUCUCUUUCUUUCUCUCUCUCCAAACAUAGGGUAAGAGAAUAAUUUGAUAUGGGCCACUGCAAUUCUAUCUUGUUUUUGUGGCUACAGUUCGUCCAAGUUGUCAUGUUAAUUUCCUAUAACGAUUUUUAAUAUUUUGCGUAUGGGGUUCCUAAAGAGAAUCACCAUGAUUACACAUCUUUCCUGUUCUUGUGGUCUUUUAUCUAAUUUAAUUACUCCCCAAGUUGUUUUGCAUA